CGAGAUUAAAGGAUUGGCAUGCAGUGCAUCCUGGGAACAUCGAAUCCCGUCAUCAUGGCAGUUCGUGCUCUCAGCCUAGUGCUCCUUUUUACAUUUGUCUCGGUCAUCUUCGGAUUGCCGACUACACCUGUGCCAGAACCAGCUGUAAAUACACAAGAAGAACACACAUUGUCGACCGAACUGUUACCGCCGCCCGUAGACGAAAAGGAACACCAUGCUACAAUCUAUAUAAUUAAUUUGUACGCCGUAAAAAAUGGUAGCAGCAACGCAUCGGAGGAAAUGUUUCAAAAUGAAGUCGUAGAAACGAUACCUGACAUAUUGGAGCCGCUGGUCUCCGUUCUCCUAGUAAUAGACGACGAUGAAAACGAAGAGUUA